AUGCCUCUUGUCCUUUCUCAAGAGCAGUACUGUUUUCCAGGCUCUAAUGCCUCGUGUGUUAGAGAACAGUUCAGUGUGGGGGCUAAAGUUGCCCUUUAUUUGUUGUUUACUUUAGGAAUGCUGGUUACCAUUUUAGGGAACUCUGUUGUCAUUGUGUCAAUUGGUCAUUUCAAGCAGUUGCAUAAUCCUACCAAUGUGCUUAUUUUAUCUCUUGCUCUUGCAGACCUUCUUGUGGGUCUCACUGUGGUGCCCUUCAGCACCAUCCGGACCAUUCACGGUUGCUGGUUCUAUGGUGAUGACUUCUGUAUGCUGCACUCCAGUUUUGAUAUGUUUCUUACCACUGUCUCUAUCUUCCACCUAAUUUGUAUUGCUGUUGACAGACAACAGGCCAUAUGCAAUCCUCUGCAUUAUUCUAGUAAUAUCACAAUGUCAGUGGCCUGGAUUAUGGUAUGUGCUAGCUGGGCACUGGCUGCUGUCUACACUUAUGGACUACUUUACUCAAAGGCCAACGUUGCAGGAUUAGAGGAUUACAUUGCAUCGAUAAACUGCCUUGGCAGUUGUAACCUUCUCUUUAACUCCCUUUGGGGAAUCCUGGACAGUAUUGCCUCUUUUUUCUUUCCCUGCACUGUGAUGGUUUGCCUGUACACUAAAAUAUUUGUUGUGGCUAAAGAGCAUGUAAGAAAAAUUGGAGAUAUGGGCAAAUGUUCAAAUGACAGAGUAGGAGGUGGGUUGAUUAAGCAGUCUGAGCAUAAGGCUGCAAAGACUCUGGGUAUUGUGCUUGGUGCAUUCAUCUUUUGUUGGAUGCCCUUUUUUAUAAAUUCUAUAAUUGAUGCUUACACUGGUUUCAAUACACCUGUUGCCAUCUUUAUUUGGUUGGGCUACUUCAAUUCAACAUUAAACCCAAUUAUCUAUGCCUUCUUUUAUCCUUGGUUUAAGAAAUGUUUUUAUCUCAUUGUCAAUCUAAAAAUAUUCAACCCCCAUUCUUCAACCAUAAAGACCUGCUACACCCAUCAGCCCUGCCCCCAGGCCGUCUACCUGAGGUCUCCUGCUCCGCUGCUGUCCAGCCCCCAGACCUGCUACACCCAUCAGCCCUGCUUCCACGCCGUCUGUCUAAGAUCUCCUGCUCCGCUGCUGUCCAGCCCCCAGACACUUUGGCUACGCUCGAAUUUCUGA